UGUUUCGCCAAGCUAUCCUCUCCUGUAAAAAAAAAAACCGGAUGCCGUUGCGACGAAAACGUCAACAACAUCCGCUUCCUGGUACAAGGAUAUUGUUAGCCCUGAGAGGUCAAGGAAAAGAGUUCGGAGGUAAUUUGUGGACUACAUUUCCCAUCGAGCUUUGUGGCGUCACGUGAUAGCUACAUGUGACAAGUACCAACCCUAAGACUGCAUCGCCGAAGGCAUCCUCAAAACGACAAUUGAUGUCCACGCCGCGCAGAAGGAGAACACCCAACGUUACAGAAAGCAAAAACAGCCAUGGCUCCUUCUGCUGAAAAAAAGCUGACGGGCCUAGUUGCAGCCACGUUUACUCCAUUCACCCCACAAGGUGAAGUCAACCUUGCAGAGAUUGGACCUUACAUUGACUACUUGAUAGAGAAGCAAGGCGUUCAUGGCAUAUUUGUGAACGGGACCACCGGGGAGAGCAUGUCUCUCACUGUUGCAGAGAGGAAGAUCCUGGCCGAGGACUGGUGUCAGAAAGCUAGGGGCAAAUUAGAUCAGGUGAUUGUGCACGUCGGCUGCAUGAGCCUUAAAGACGCCAAAGAACUGGCGGGACAUGCAGCGCAGAUCGGGGCUGACGCCAUUGCAGUCAUGGCCCCGUUCUUCUUCAAGCCUAGGACUGCAGACGCGCUGAGGUCGUUCCUCCAGGAAGUGGCUUCGGCUGCUCCAAAUCUGCCUUUCUAUUAUUAUCAUAUUCCAGCUGUCACCGGUGUUAAUGUGCCAGUGAGAGAUGUGUUGGAGGGUGUUGAAGAGCUCAUUCCCUCCUUCAGAGGUGUGAAGUUCAGUGGGAUUGACCUGAUGGACUUUGGCCAGUGCGUCAGCGACAGUCCGCCUCACUGGUCCUUCCUCUACGGCAUGGACGAGCAACUGCUUGCAGCCCUGGCUAUGGGGGCCGAUGGAGCAGUGGGAAGCACUUAUAACUAUGCGGGAUGUCAUUUCAACAAGCUCAUAUCGGCAUUUAAGGAAGGCCAUGUUGUCCAAGCCAGGAAGAUACAGUUCAAGAUGCAAGAGCUCCUCAGUUACGCCAUGAAACUUGGCUUCGAUGUGGGCGUGAACAAGCAGCUGAUGAACGAGUUGUCCGGCCUGAGCCUCGGGCCCCCUCGACUCCCCGUGACUCCGUGUCCGUUUGCUCACGCUCUGCUCAUCGUGAAGAAAUAUCACCACGUUUUUACCGACUCUUAAUGCGUUUCCAACUGGGUUGUUUGAAUCCCUCAUUAACUCGGCGCAGCAAAAGCACGCCUUGAAAUCAAACCCGACUGUUAAAUGAGAUGUUUUUCACGAGUCUGUCCUUCUGUAAUGUAGAACAAAUAUUUUAAUCUCAGUGUUUUAUGAUUUCUUAAUUGUAUGCAUUAAACUAAACCAGGGAAAUGUGGCGCUUUUUUUUUGUUUUUGCUACAUGUAGGAAAAUGGGGAAGUGUCACGUGACAUUCGUAGAACUUAAAAAUCUUCACGUUGAACUACCUCCAAAAAAUGUCAACGCUUUACUACUUUCAUUGUUUUCGUGUUUCAGGUUUGUGAAAUAAAAAUUAUUAUUUUUCUACUUGAUAUGAACGCGGUUUCACGAAAGAAUUAGCACUCUAGAAAAGGGAAAACAAUAUAAAACACAGAUUUAGCCUCUGUUUUGAGUUAGAAUUCAUACUGUCAUUAAUUAUAUACUUUUUUGAAUGACGUAUUAAAGGGAAAUAUACUGUUUAAUUAAUUAUCCCUGCUUUGGUUUGUAACAAUGAAUCACUCAUUAAUGCGUUGGGACAGAUUUAUUAAUGUCUUUUUUUUGUUCUGUUCCUGAGAAUAUCACAAGGCCAGAUUAUUUCGUGCACGAACAAGCGCUGCUUUGUGCCCACGAGAUGCCAGUAAAUGUGUCUAGUCAGCUAAAAAUGAUACACUGUCUCUGAUUGGUUUUAAAUUGUUUAUCCUGCUCUCUCGCUCUGUAUUCGCUAACAUUUCUUUGAGUUGUUUGAUUUUUUUUUGAUUUUUUUUCAAUCUGCUGAUAUAAUAAUAAAUUGUGAAUCUGU